UCAGCCAAUCAGCGCGCCGUCACGCUGAGGUACAGUGGUCGAGCCCUUUCUCUAAAGACAGCAAGUAAUAAAAUAACAACAUUACCAACUGGUUAACAUACUCACCAUCACAAAGCGGAUAGACCAUGUCAUACCUUACUUACACGAUUUUACUUGCACUGUUUCAUCAACAAAUUGCGUCAAAAGCGGUUCCUGCCACCGCUGAAAAUAAUGGAACAAGUGUUUCAAACUCAUCCGUGUCUGACUACUUUAUGUAUUUCGCUUAUGGAAGUAAUCUGCUGAAGGAAAGACUGCAGCUGAAGAAUCCAUCCGCGGUUUUUGUUACAACUGGCAGUUUGAAGGAUCAUGUGAUUCAAUUUGGAUACUGGAAGAAAGAGUUCAACAACACCAACUCUUGGCAUGGUGGUGUUGCUACUAUAGAAGAGUCCAAGGGAGAUGUGGUCUGGGGAGUGGUCUGGAAGAUGGACAAGGACAACCUCAUCAGUUUAGACAAGCAAGAAGGAGUGGGAAUAGGAUUCUACAGUCCACUAGACGUUACCAUUAACACAGACGAGGGAGAGGUCCUCUGUCGCACCUACCAGAUGAACAACUUCACAGUUCACCAGACCUCACCUCCAUACAAACAGGUUGUUUGUCUUGGAGCAAAACAAAACGGCUUACCUCUGGAUUACAUUAAGAAGCUGGAGGCAGUGGAAACCAAUGGCUACAGCGGUCCGUCCAUUUUAGAUGACAUCACCGCGUUGAAACCUGCUGAUAAAGGAAAAAGCUUGUAGAUGGUACCAGAGGAAAGAAGAUGAAAGAGAAAUCACUUAAUGUAACAACCUUAGAGGGAAAUUGACAUAAGACUCAGUUGUCUAAGUUCAAAUGUCCCUGUUGUACUUUUGUUGCAACAAUCAGCUUAAGUAAAAAUGCAUUAGAGUAAAUAAAAAAAACUAAGUGGCACACUGGUAUAUAUUCCCAAAUGUUCUGUGUAAAAUGUGAGCCAGUCAUUUUAGAUGUGAUACCAAAUAAAUUGAAAAAUGAAUGACAA